GGAAAGAAGGGAAGGGAAGGGAAAGGGAAAGGGAAGGGAAAGGAAGCCCAGCUAGGUGGGAAGGAAGGUGGAAAGGCAGGAGGGAAGGUACUUAGGAAAGUGGGAAGGAGAGUAGGAAGGACGGAAGAAAGGAGAGAGGAGGGAGCAAGGAUAGGAGAAAAAGAAGGAAUGAAAGAAAGAAAGGGGAAGGAGUGAAAAGAGGUUAAAAAGAAGGGAGAAGGAGAGAAGGAAGGAAAGGGGAAGGAAGGAAGGUAGGACGGUGAGAAGGGAGGGAGGGAGGAGGAAGCCCAACUAGGUGGAAAAGAAGGUUGUUUUUUUUGUGUGUGUGUCAGGAGCAACCAGGGUUGCUUCUGGAGUGAGAGAAUUGGCCGUCUGCAAGGACGUUGCCCGAAUGUUUUGAUGUUUUACUAUGCUUGUGGAAGGCUUCUCUCAUGUCCCCGCAUGGAGCUGGAGCUGAUAGAGGGAGCUCAUCCGCGCUCUCCCCGGGUGGGAUUCGAACCUGGCAGCCUUCAGGUCAGCAGCCCAACCUUCAGGUCAUAAGGUUUUUAUCCCCUAGGCCACCGGAGGCUCCUGGAAAAGAAGGUGGAAAGGCAGGAAGGAGAGGGGAGGGAAGGAAGGAAGGAGGGAAGGAAGGAAGGAGAGAGAGAGGAAGCUCAGCUAGGUGUGAAGGAAAGUGGGAAGGCAGGAGGGAAGGAAUUUAGGAAGGCGAGAAGGAAGGGGGGGAGAGGGAAGGAAGAAGGUAGAGUGGAAGGAUAAAGGAGGAAAGGGGGAAGGAAAGAAAGAAAAGGGUGUGAAAGGAGAUUGAGAAGCCGGGGGAGAGAAGGAGCAAAAGAAGGAAAAGGGAAGGAAGGGAGGGAGGAAGAUAAGAGGAGGGAAAGGUGAGAAGGAAGGGAGGUAGAAAGAAGGAGGAACCCAGCUGGGUGCAAAAGAAGGUGAAAAGUCAGGAAGUAAGGAAGGACUGUAGGAAAGUGGGAAGAAGGUAGAGGGGAGGGAGCAAAGAAAGGGGGAGGGUGGGAAAGGAGGAGUGAAAGAAGGUAGGAAAGUGGGAAGAAGGAGCCAAAGAAGGAAGGGGGGAGGAGAGAAGGAAGGAAAGUGGGAAGGAGGGGCGGAGGGACGCAAGGAAGGGGGGGAAGGAAGAUAGAAAGGCAGGAAGGAGGUAAAACGGAAGAGGGAGGAAGGAAGGGGAGAAAAGGGGGGAGAAGGGAGGGACGCAAGAAGGUUGUAUCCCCUCCCGGUUCCCCAGACAUCGGCCCUUUCUUCUUGCAGCCUCCAGCCUCCCCGCUUUUCCUCCCAGGGCCGAGCCCCCGGCGGGGAGGGGAUGUUCUCGGCGGGCUUGGCACGACUGGGAAGCGGGGCAGGGAGCGUGUGCGUAUAGCAGCGAGGGACGGGGCCACCAGUCCAGCCCGGCCGUGGGCGCCUUCUCGACCCCAGCUCCCUUCCCAGCCGGGGAGAGAGGGCGGCGCAUGCGCAGAUGGCGGGCGAGCUGCCCUCCCCGGCCGAAGAGCCCUCCGCCGCCGUGAACGGAUGCGAGCCAUGCCAAGAUUCCCACCCGGCGCCGGAGACCGACGAGGACACGCCCAUGGGAUCGGAGCGGAUGGAGAUGCGCAAGAGGCAGACAUCUGUGUCCCAAGAGACACCGAGCUCCAUACAAGCACAGCCUGGGGUAGGGAAUCGAGGUUCCAACGCCUGCUGCUUCUGUUGGUGCUGUUGUUGCAGCUGCUCCUGUCUUACUGUUCGGAAUCAGGAUGAAAGAACAAGAUCAGCAUCACAUGAACUCAGAUCAGAAACCAUUGCAAAUUGUGAAGAAAGCUCCACUCCUACUCUGGAAGAAGUGGACACUUGGGCUCAGUCUUUUGACAAACUGAUGAAAACCCCAGCAGGAAGAAAUGCAUUCAGGGAGUUCCUUCGGACAGAAUUCAGUGAAGAGAACAUGCUUUUCUGGAUGGCCUGUGAAGACUUAAAACGGGAAUCCAAUAAGAGCGUCAUUGAAGAGAAAACAAGACUAAUAUAUGAAGAUUAUAUUUCUAUCCUCUCUCCAAAAGAGGUCAGCCUAGACUCCAGAGUAAGGGAAGUUAUCAACAGGAACAUGUUGGAGCCAUCACAACAUACUUUUGAUGACGCCCAACUCCAGAUUUACACUUUGAUGCACAGAGACUCCUAUCCUCGGUUUAUGAACUCUGCUAUUUAUAAGGACUUGAUUGAGUCUCUCUCCAAAAAAUCUGCUGAAGCAUAGAAUUUACAUAUAUUUAUUGUACGCCUACUCACUCUCCACAAACAAAACUUCAAGGUACCAUUUGUUACACAAAAUUUAGAAUAAUUAUUUCAUUACCUGAAAGAAACAUAAAAUGCAUAUUUUAAUACUGUUUUCAAGGCGUUCCAAAAUUUCUUGAACCACAAGCUGUUUCCAGCCUCUUCAGAGUUAUACUGAAACAUUGUGACAGAGCAUAUGAAGGUGACAACAAAAACGGAGGCAGCACGUUUAGCCAAGGGCUUUAAAAUGAAUCGAUCAACUAAAGGCAAGAGGAUAGUUACUAUCUUCUCUCCCUGUUCACAUCAGAGCACUUUAUAGCAGUUGUAAGAUUACAGUAGUUUAAUUAUUGGAAUUAGGCUUAAACUGAUGUGCAUGUGUAUCUUCAUACUCUGAACUAGAAAUACUCUCAAGGGAUCAUAAAAUGAAUUGGUUUAAGUAUUGGGGGGGGGGGGGGACACAAUGAGCUCUGCACACUCAAAUGACUAUUGGAUUGCACUUACUGGCUAUUUAUCCUGCCCCCCAAAUCUCCUAUCCUAUCUGCACUGAGAAAAAGUUUAUUCCUGGAACUCAAACCUAGGAGAACAGUCAUCUUCUAUUGGAGUCAGCUGGCAUUUUCUUCCAAUGCAAAUGGAAUUGCAACCUUUCUUGGACAUGAACAACAUGCUUGUUACGGACUUCAAAACAGAGACAAGGAAACAUAUUUUACAAAGAAGGCCACUGGUUUCAGCACAUGCUGCCUAUCAAGUGUUAUUUUAUUACUAGAAUCUAUGAAAUGCAUUUUAACUGAUGUGUUAUGUUUCUAGACAAGUCAAAGCACUUAGAAAAGGAAAAAAACUGGGGCAUUUGGUCCUUUAAAUAAAACAGAAAACACACA